CCUAUAUUCAAAGUUGAAGAGUUUCAAAUCACUCUAAAGGUAACUAAGUAAAUUGAAAAGUUCAUCUUUGAUAAUAUUUAUCAAGAUGUCACAACAGAUGAUAUUGUUAAAGAAAUAGGGUUGGAAUAAUUAAAUAAAGUGAUCAUAAUUUAUGGAUAAACUGGAAGUGGAAAAUCAGGUACUUUAUUUGGAAAUUACCAAUAUCCUGGAAUAUGCCUUUGAUUAUUAAAAAAUUAUUAGUUGAUAAAAAUCAACUUAAAAUUAACAAUAAAUUAAUUGGAUUUGAUAUUUAAAGCAAUUAUGUAAUAGAUGAUAUGACAUAAAUAAACAUUUUUGAUAUGGAAACAGUUUUGGAAUAUUUAUCAGCAUUUUAUAAAUAAAAGCGUAAAUAACAUUUGAUUAUACAUUAAAAAACUAAAUUAAAUUUUAGAUUUAGCAGGACCAGAAAGAUAAACUAAGGAUCUUUCUGAACCAUAAACAAUAUUAAGAAGCCAUGUGAGC